UGGCGACCACGUGGCAGCCAAAAUCCAAAACAGAACAAAAACUCAUACUUCCUGCGACGAUCAAACCAACAAAUAAAAUAAUUAAAUUCAAUUCAAUUCCAUAAAAAAAAAUGUUUUUCUUUGUCUUCCUCUGACUGAAUCCUUACUCAGAUCGUUCAUCUUCCAAGCGGAAGCGUCUCCUUCCAUCACCGUAGACGCCUUCCGUGACUGUCUCUACUCGCUCUUUCCCUGAAUGUUGCAAUCUCAGAGCAGGAAACUGAAGACAUGCAGUCAAAAUCUGAAAGUGGGAAUCAGAUCGUUUCAGAGGCUCAUCAUCAUACAUCCAUCAACAGUUUAAACCCUUGGCUACGUGCUGCUGCUGCCUGUAAUGCAAACUCUUUCGUGGAAGAAGCUGGAGAUAAGUCAUCAAAUGAGUCACAAGUCACAGCCUCUCCCCAACAGUCAGCUGCUGAUUACAGUGAAAAAAGCCAAGAACUUGUGCAUACUGGCAGUACACCACCUCCUCACCCUCAACUUGUUAGCCACACAGUUGGAUGGGCAUCCUCAAAUCCAUACCAGGAUUCAUAUUAUGCUGGAAUGAUGGGAGCCUUUCCCUUGACUUAUGUUCCAUACGGUGGGAUGCCUCAUUCAAGAAUGCAACUGCCUCCUGAGGUGGCACAAGAACCAGUUUACGUGAAUGCUAAACAGUACCAGGCGAUUAUGAGGCGAAGGCAGGCACGCGCCAAGGCUGAGCUAGAGAAGAAGCUAAUCAAAUCCAGAAAGCCUUAUCUACAUGAAUCUCGGCAUCAGCAUGCUAUGAGGAGGCCUAGGGGUACUGGAGGACGGUUUGCAAAGAAGACGAACACCGAAGCUUCACAGCAAAAAGAUGGAGAAAAGACUACCGAAUCCCCAACUUCAUCUAAUUCUGAUCAACCUGAAGGUUGUAGUGAUGAGUUUAGAACACAUCAGUCCGAGGAGAUGCAGAGCUCAGCUUAUAAGAGAAGGGAAGAAGCAGACUGUUCAGGGCAGCAGUGGAACAACAUUUCCUCAAACCAUCCUUCUCAACCUCUUUUAGCUAUCAAGUAACCUCUCUGGCAGGCAAAUCAUUCUUGGCUCUAUCUUUGUUGGCUUAUGUGUUAGCAGCAGCCAUUGAAGAGUUAUCUCAGUUUUCUUCUUUCUUGUUUUGUACAAACACUAGUGUGCUUUUGUUAGAAUGCUUCUUAGUCAACACCCUUUGGGUUUAGUAAGAGCCUUGAAGUUUUGAAUC